AUGGACCACCCCCGUCACGAGCUGCGCUCACGUGCACUGCGCGCACUCGUGAACAUCCUCUACACACGCACAGAUUCGCUUGUUUUGGCCCGUCCCCCGGGCUGUACCUGGCUCCGCCCCCACUACAGCCUCAUGACACCAGCUCUGUCUUGCCUCCUGAGCUCAGGUCAUGACUGCGGAACGAGGCUCACCCUCUCUCCUGUGGACACCGUGGACCACACCAUCCUCCUACAUAGACUACAAUCAGUAAUUGGACAGUAA